GUUUGCAGCAGUCUGAAGAUUCUUGACGAGUCCCUCUUUCCUUUCCCCUGCCAUGCUCUCAUCAGAGUCGUCACUGGUUCGAAUCCACAGUCUUCCGUCUCAGAGUCUGCUGCUAACAUGCCGGGCAUGCGGUGCUUGACUGCCGUGCGCAAUAUCGUAUUGCUGCCGCCGAAUAACACGGAGUUCUUUUAUAUCCUCGACGAGAGCUGCUGGGUGGGGGGGGAUUGGUCGCCGAGCAAAGGUCUUCUUUCCUUCCGCCAAUCUAGCCUGGACAUCACCGUUGAUGAGGGUGAUUUGAUCAGCACCUGGUGGCCGGGACGUAACGGGACGGGGUCCCGUCUUGUCAACACAACCUGCGAAGACAGUGCUUGUGCUUCCUCCAGGGACUUCGUCACCGGUGCGGCUAUUUUUGGAACACAGCUAUUUUUAUCAGGCUACCAUGGCGCCACGCCGGCGGGAUCUUGGCUGACAGCCCUGAGUGCGGAGACUGGGAACAGAUCCUCCCUCCCGCUGAUGGUCGACUACGCAGCCGCGAUCGCGUUCGAUCCCUCGUUGAAGAAUUUAUACGUCACGGAUGGUCGGGUGCCCCCUAGGCGAAUCUUCUCAUGGCCGGUCACCUUUCACGACGACAGUCGCCCUCUGUCUUAUCAGACAACCGCCUUCUCCACAGUCUUCGAAGCCAAUGAUUCCGAUUCCUUGCAGUCUGUCUACUUCGGGCCGUACAGCUUCGACCCACAGGGGGGCGCAUGUUUGUACUUGGUCGAUCGGGAUGGCGGGGCAGUCUGGGCCUUCGAUCCCGAGUCAAAGAGUGUCCAUACCGUCGCCGGAAGGGUCUCUAACGCUCUCAAUGUGUCUUUUGGGCGGCUGUACGACCUUGUUGUGGCUGACGACGGUCAGAACCUCUUCGUCUCUGAGAUGGACACCGGUCUGGUGAGACGCAUAGAGCUUGACUCUGCGUGUGGCUUGGGUCGGCGAGUGACCAACGUUGUUGAGUAUCAUCCUCGGGAUGGGUCUGGAGUCUGUGGACUGGCUAUCGCAAACUGCAGCGAAGGCUACCUAUUAAUAUUGGGUACGAGCGACGGACAAGCAGUACACCUGCGCAUCAACAGGUCAGCCCUGCAGAGCAACAAGAGCCUCGGCGGUGCCAAUCAUGCCACGCCGAGGGACCCCCUGAAGGUGGAUAGUCCGAUCCCGGUACCUCCCAUCUCCUCUUCUUCUCCUCGGGAAGCUUUUGUAUUCCAUAAUAAUCGCGGAAAGCCGGGAAUAAAUGGGAUGAACACCCCCCUGGCCCUGGGGAUUCAUGUGGGGCUCGUACUGCUUGUACUGGUGGCCAUCGGAGGGCUUGCGGUCUUUAUGAGAAACCGAUCUCGAGCGUCCAAUGAUGGCGUCCCCAUCCACAAGGUGAGGGAGUUCAAGUGGACCGACUUAGUCAAGGCCACAGCUAACUUCCACGAGUCCCGACGGGUGGGAGAGCCGGGUGGUUAUGGAAUUGUGUAUAGGGGAACGUUAGAAGUGAAGGGUGAAGAAGGUCAAGGCGAAGUGGGAGGAAGUCGGAGACACUUGGCACAGCAGAACAGCGCAGUGGCAAAGGGAACAAAGAAUGUGAAACAGAUCGCAGUCAAGGUUAUGGACGAGAGGGCAGUGGUUAGGAGGUCUGGGCAGCCAAAAGAGGUGGUUUUGAAGCAGUUUCGCACGGAGGUGGGCACCCUCAGCCGGCUGCAUCAUGCCCACCUUUGCGACUUGAUUGGAUAUUGCCAGGCAAACGGGAAGUACAUGUUGGUAUACCCUUACAUCGAAGGUGGCAGCUUGUACGAGCGACUCUAUGGCCCACACCCAAGUCUACAAGCUGCUGGAGAAUUUGCAUCAGGGGCAGGAGAAGGAGCAGCAGCAGAAGUGAAAGGAAACGGAGGCCCGGUGGAUGACAGAUCAGCAGCAGUAGCACCUGCAGUAGAGGAAGGACAAGCAUGGAAAGCAGGAGAAGCAGAAGCAGGAAGAAGCAGAGGAGCAUCUCUCCCAGGAGGAGGAGGAGGUACAGGAGGAGGAGGCGGAGAAGUAGAAAUAGCAGACGUAGGACGAGGAGGAGGAGGUCCAGGAGGAGGAGAAGAACGAGCAGGAGGAGGAGAAAGAGGAAGAGGAGGAGGAGGAGGAGGAGGAGAAAGAGGUCUAGGAGAAGAAAGAGGAGGAGGAGGAGAAAUAGGACUAGGAGGAGGAGGAGGAGGAGAAGCACGAGUGGCUGGGGUAGCACCAGAUCGCCGCCGCUUCCCUCACCUUAGGUUAGAAGAGCGUGCAUCCAUAGCCUUGCAGAUCGCCCAUGCUCUGAAUUAUCUACACUAUGGUGCCAACCCGCCAGUCAUACAUCGGGAUGUAAAGAGCCCGAACGUCCUGUUGAGCAGAGGUUCUGGGCCUUCUGGCUCCGCAGUGAAGGCAUACUUAGCCGAUUUUGGGAUGGCCAAAGUGAUUGAGGACGUGUUUAGGGGAGACCACAGGACUGCAGUGAUGAGCAGCAUUUGCGGAACCAACGGCUACAUGCCCCCGGAAUACCUCAGCGGGGGUAUUUCCACAAGGAAGCAUGAUGUAUACGCUUUUGGAGUGCUUGUUUUGGAAAUGCUGACAGGCCAAAAGGCUGUGAUAGUCGAUCCAAGGACAAGGUGUGUUAUAACCCUAGUUAAGCACAAGGAAGAACACCUUAAACCUUGCAAUUUAUGCACCCUUGACUUAAAGGAGAUAGUUGAUCCUGCAUUCAGAGACGAAAUGGAUGUGCCUGCCAGAUUGGAAAUGACAAGAGAGAUGCUCCGUCUUGUUGCCGAGUGCGUAAACGAACACUACGAGAUGAGGCCCACCAUCACCACCGCAGCCGCCAGAAUCGAGAAUAUUAUGCAGGAGGCGGGAAUGACUCCUAACGCUGCAGGCAUCAAUGCCGCCUCUCCCAUGCGGUAAUGGGCCCCCCUAUACCUAUUCCUUUCGUAAUG